AAAAAAAAAAACAUGUGGCCCAUCACGUUCCUCAAGCACACCUACCAUCCACUCCUCCGCUGCUCCCCACCCCCAUCUCCCGCGGCACUACUCGCCCACCCCACCGAUGACGAGGACGUCAUGGUGGUAGUGCUAGACCGCCCGCGUGGCGUGUACACGGGUCAGCACCGUGGGCGGCGCAUCGGCGACAUGGCCCGCGACUCACGCCGGCUGCGGCUGCGGCUGCAGCUGGAGAGGAGCGGGUGGGAGGAGGCUGCUGGUUGUGGUGGUGGUGGUUUAGGGAAAGACUGAUGGUCGUUGGAUGUUUUUUUUUCUUCUUUUCUUUUGUAGAUCUCAAUUCC